AUGGCCCAGAGGGCGGGCCUUGGGCCUGGGCAGCUGGAGGCUGUAGCCAUUCUGCUCUUUCUUGGAUUAUUCCGGUCAGGGAUGGGAGCUGAUGGGACCGAAGCCCUCUGCGGUGUGAUCCCCCAAGCACGCAUCACAGGUGGCAGCAGUGCAGCCCCCGGUCAGUGGCCCUGGCAGGUCAGCAUCACCUAUGAAGGCAUCCACGUGUGUGGUGGCUCUCUUGUGUCUGAGCAGUGGGUGCUGUCGGCUGCUCACUGCUUCCCCAGGGAGCACCGCAAGGAAGACUAUGAGGUAAAGCUGGGGGCCAACCAGCUGGACUCCUACUCCGCCAACACUGAGGUCCGCACUGUGGCACAGGUCAUCUCCCACCCCAGCUACCGUGAGGAGGGCUCCCAGGGCGACAUUGCGCUCCUCCGCCUCAGUAGCCCCGUCACCUUCUCCCGCCACAUCCGGCCCAUCUGUCUCCCUGCAGCCAACGCCUCCUUCCCCAAUGGCCUCCAUUGUACUGUCACUGGAUGGGGCUAUGUGGCGCCUUCAGUUAGCCUCCUGACCCCUAAACCACUGCAGCAACUUGAGGUGCCACUGAUCAGUCGUGAGACAUGUAACUGCCUAUACAACAUCAAUGCCAAGCCUGAGGAGCCCCACUUUAUCCAGCAGGACAUGGUGUGUGCUGGAUUUGUGAAGGGGGGCAAGGAUGCCUGCCAGGGUGACUCUGGGGGCCCACUCUCCUGCCCUGUAGGGGGCCUCUGGUACCUGGCGGGCAUUGUGAGCUGGGGCGAUGCCUGUGGAGCUCCCAACAGGCCUGGUGUAUACACUCUGACCUCCAGCUAUGCCUCCUGGAUCCACUUCCAUGUGGCAGAACUCCAGCCUCGUGUCGUGCCCCACAUCCAAGAGUCCCAGCCUGAUGGCAAUCUCUGUAGUGGCUAUCUGACCUUCAACUCUGCCCAAGCCCAGGGCUUGCUGGGGCUCAGCCUUCUGCUGCCACUGGGCCUGACCCUGAGCCUCUUCUGCCCAUGGCAUGAGCACUGA